AUGUCAAAAACGCUAUUGUACACAUUUGCUGAAGGGCAACUGGGAAGGUGCAUGUUGGUUGUUGAUGAGUACAGUAACAAUCUAGUUUAUGUCAACUCUGGUAACGAUAACCAACUGAUUCAAGUUGUAAAAAACCUCAUUAAACGACAAUCACAAAAUUCCAAGAUCUCCUACGUAUUGCGUGAAGAUUUAGACAAUGAAUUGGUCGAGUUGUCUGUAAUCAUUGCCAAUUUGCUCGAUGGUAAAAGAACAGCACCUAUAAAAUACGAAUACCUCUAUGGUACCGAUUUUCAAAGGAAGGUAUGGGAUGAAUUAUACAAAAUUCCUUGGGGCUGUACAACUACAUAUCACCGGUUGGCUAGGCAAAUAGGGUCUCCGAAUUCAUAUCGUGCUGUCGCCAACGCUUGUGGAGCAAAUCCGCUGCUGAUGGUUAUUCCCUGUCAUCGAGUCUUGAGUUCCAAUGGCACCCUUGGAGGCUUCAAAGGUGGGGUUCAAAUGAAGCGGCAAUUACUCGCAGCGGAAAAGUGCUUCAAGAGCAGUGAGCGUUCUAAUGCGGUGCGGUUUUCCCCACUUGGAAACGGUAGUGAGUAUCCAAAUAUCUGCUAA